CGACGAGUGGUUGAAUGACGCUGCUGGUCUCCUGUUCUGUCUGCAGCCACUGACUCGCAUCAUUUUGGGUAGACUUGUAUUUAUUUACAAGGUCUCACUCUCAGGGCUUUUCUUUCUUAUUUCUGUGCGACCGAACUUAUCCUUAUCGACUGUCUUUGAUGCCAUCAAGGAGGAACCGCCAUGUACAACGUCAGUCCAUGCCAGACCACGACCAUAUUGCCUAUACACCUACCACUCCUCUCAUACAACUCGAUAAUUCUCCCUUGUCUGCUUCGGAUCUUCAUCUAGAAAGCCAUCCUCACUCUGAUCAGCCCCUCCCUCCUGGUGAGGCAGCCAAAGUGCUAGACGACGAUGAGCACCUCGUCAAACAUGAGGGUGACUCACUUUCACCUGCGCCACUCGUAGUUGUCCUCCCAUCAUCUUCCCAACCGGGAGCUUCGGCUCAGGGUCAUACGAGGUCUCCUGUCCUUGCUCGUGAACCUACGAUGUUAGAAACCUUCUCCCGCGCGGUCCGCAACUACGUCCCAUCUUCCAUCUCUAUCCCCACUGCCGCCCCUUCCCCACCUCGCGUCUCGAGGCCCGUUUCGUUCGGUAGCUUUGACGCUCUCCCUGGAUUCUCCGCCGCUCCGUCUGGAGAACGCCACAUUCAAAUCCCCCCUCAUAGACGACGCCCUAGUGGCACUUCCGGGGUACAGCAUUCUUCUGGGUUGACAAGGAUCUAUAGUGGCGACUUCAUCGAAUCUGACACACUAUUCGGAUCCGAGGAGGAUGAGGAUAUUGUAGCACUUUCCAAACCGACAUCACCUUCUACAGCGUACCCUACUGUCGGCGAAGGCGACCCCGUACUAUGGUCUCGUUGGGAUACGUUGAUACAAGAGGGCACCCCUCGAUGCAUCCUGUUCCUCGGGUAUCACUGCGGAUGUCAGAUAUGGGACUGUACAGAUCUAGGAUCCGUCUCGGAAAUACUGAACUUGACAGAUUCGUCCUGGGGACGCAUCUCAUUCGCUGGCGUGCUGGCUUCUCCUUCUGGGAUUGACGACGUCCAUUUCAAAGGCCUGCGUCCUCUCAUUGGCGUCAUAUGCCACGUUAAAGCGAAAUCCUUUAUGGUUAUUUAUUCGUUACGAUCCCACCAAAUUGUGAAGCGCCUUCCCUUUCGCAAUGUCUCAUCCUUCGAUUCUGGAACUCAUUUCACUGUCAUCAGCACAAUAAAUCCAAUCAAUUUACAUGUUCUAUCUUCAGCGUCAUACACCAUUUUACAUACUAUUCCUUCUUCUUCCUUGGUUUAUAAUCGCUUGAAGUCGAUGACGUCAGUUGCAGUACAAAACCAACAGAAUACCAACAACCAAUUACGAACUGUAUCAUUAUCAAACAUAGACCCUCCUAGUCAUCACCGGCAAACAGACGAGCCUAUAAGGACGGAGACAAGAGAGGAAGAAGCGGAAGCGAGCGAUCCUGUCCCAGUUUAUGCUCUCUCCCAUCGUCUUCUCGCGUUCGCCUCUCAGCCUCCUCGACCAGACGCACCUCAUAGACACGGACACGGUACACCAUCUCAUCCACGUACUCACGAUCGCUCUUCUUCAUUCCCAUCUUCCUCGUCGACAUUACCAUUCGGAAUAUCGCAAAUUUCGCAGGCGGAUUUCGGAAAUACGGCUUUUAAAGUGGGAGGCACGGUGUUAAGUGGAAUGAAGUCCCUUGGCGGUAUGGCAUUGAGUGCUGCAACUGAGUAUGCGAGGUCUCGAGUUGGGUCUCGCGGUGCCACGGGCGAGACUAGACCGGACCAACCUCUUCUCCCUUCGUCUGUCGCGGGCGGGGUUGGUAGUUUGUUCUUUUCCCGUAGCGCUCCCGCCGGAGGGCACGAACAUCCGGGCCAGGCCCAUGAAGGUCCCCAUCGUGUAGAAGAAGGUUUCUCUCAGGAUUCCACCCCAUCUCACGGCCAAAGCGCCGACAAAUGGUGGACACCCAAACGUGAUCAACCAUCCCACAUCAAAGUCCUUGACCUCUCUCCGCUCCUCAACCGUACCCAAUCCGCACUGCCGGAUACCGUCGCUGAGUUCGUCGUUGCGAAACGACAGGGGAUAAGACAUUUGGCAUUUACCCGAGAUGGGAAUUCGGUGGCGGUAACUCCAAUAGAUGGGCAGGUCAUAAGAAUGUUUCAGUUGAGGCCAGUGCCGAAGUUGGGGAGGCGUGAUAGUAAUAGAGCCACCGCGGAUGCGACGGGAACGAGAACACAAGAAGACACAGGUGGUGGAGGAUGUCCCACUGAUCUAUCAUCCUGGACAGCUGGAGACGGCGCGCCAUGGCACAUAUACAACCUCCGUCGUGGUCAUACACCCGGCAUCAUUGAAGGGAUCGACAUAUCUCCGGACGGAAGAUGGGUCGCAGUCGGAAGUGGGAAACGCACCGUGCACGUUUUUCCGAUUAACCCAUAUGGAGGACGGCCUGAUCACAGGAGCCAUGUCGACGCAAGGAUUUGGAAUGUGGAUAAACCCCAGCCGUUGUCGACAGAGUUACUCCCAAUUGCGCGUUUGCGAUUUCCAAGACCAAACCCUGCGCCUGGAUCCAUCCCACACGGGUCCCUUUCUUUCAUAUUCCUCUCCGGAGACAUCCAUUUGCCUGGAAAUUUACUUCCUCCUCCACCUCCCUUAGCAGUAGCAUCUUCGCCGAGUACCUCCUCGGCACGUUCUGAUUUAGGACAUCUUCCCUCUGCAUUGCGGUCUCGCAAUUAUAAGGAUAUCCUGGUGUUCGAUCCACCUUCCGGCAUUCUGUCGCUGAGACGUAUCACUAUGGAAGAGCGACCGAAAGAGCCGGGCAUCUCGAGUCCGAUCACGAAUUUUACCACGAGCAUUUCGUUUCCUGGAACAGGCUCUACUGGUUGGCUAGGUAAUUCCCCCCCAACCCAGUCUUCCAAAGAGGGAAGAAAGACGUCAGGGCUGACGCAGCAGCUCCUUGAUGCCUCUAUGGAACUCACGGGUAAGGAGCGUACAGUUGCAACUUGGCAAUUGAGGAGACGUCAGGAUUGGGGUGAGGUGAAGCAAUUGACGAGUGAGAUGAGUGAGCGGAAGAGGGUUGAAGUCUCCGAUUCUCUUGCUCAUGCAGAGCUAUCCACGUUUUCCCGGCACUCGGAGUGCGUUCCUCGUUCAGUGUAUCUCUCACAUCAAUUCUUGUUCUAUACACUUGGGGAGGAUUAUCAUGCGCUUAUCCGACGACUCCACUUCGGUGUUAAAGGGGACAAAGUAGUUGUGCGUCGCGAGGUGGAACCGAAUUACGUUGGGGGUGGCACAGCUUCGAACAUGGGUAAAGGUACUAUCAGAGGUGCCAAUGAACUGUUCGUCGCGGGUACGCAUGGUGGAUUGGACCAUCGUGCUGCGUCUUCAUUUGACGAGCCUCUCGCCAACGCAAUUGCGUCAGGACUUGAUGGGCCAUCUGGCGUACCGAGUAUCCCAAUGUUUCCGAACGGCACGGCAGGUCGUCUGCGAUCCUUUGGUGCAACAGCAUUACCGAUCAAGUCGCUCAAGGAGGGUGUUGGCGAAGGCUUAGACCGGUUACGCCGGGAGAUGCAUCGGGUCCGCUCUCCGAAAGAACAUGAUGGGAGAAGGCAUCUUGGAGUGGAUCUCGAGGGUGCAUCCGAAGGAUCAGGCAUAUCGGGUAGGGCUGUGGAUGGCGAUUUGGAUGAGGGUGGGUUCGGAAGUGAUGGUGAUGGGAGGGGUUGGGAUUGGGCAGAAGAAGACAAACGCGCCGUCGAUGAAGCAGAGCAGUUCGAUGAUGUCCUUGGAUUCAUGGACGAGGACCAGACACCAGUGGUCCGGACAGCCCAGUGGUAGUCGCUGCUUCAUGGGGUGUUUACGUUUUGGAUGAAUGAAUGGGUACACGGUGCGCAGGUGCGCGGGCAGAUCUCGUUGGUAUAACCGCUUGUGCAUGGAUGUUCCUUGGUGCGAUGGGAUGAAUGGGAUGGACUCUUAUCUGUGGAUUUGUCCUGGGAUUUUUAGUGACCUGGAUUCACCCACCAUCACAAGCUUCGUCCGUUAUCGAUGCUAUCACACACCGUGCUCAGGAGUCCGCGGAUUUCGACAAAGCCUACCGCCCAGCGCCGAAUGUAACAGUGUACUGUUAUAACUUUGUACAUACUUACAUACUGGAAUCCGUUGCGUGCGAAGCUGACUUUGCGGGACGUGCAUGUCGGUGCGAAUAUAGG